AUGGCGCCUUCAAAGUGGGACGACGAAGAGGAAAGCACCCCUCCCUCAUCGCCGCCCGUCGCUGCUCGUCGCAAAUUCGAUGACGAGGAAGAUGAAGAAGUCCUCGACUCCUGGGACGCGGCCGAAGACUCCGACGUAGAACGGGAAAAAGCCGCCGCGGCCGCGGCCGCAAAGGCCAAAGCCGAAGCCGAAGCAGCAGCAAAGAAGAAGAGCAAGGCGCAGCGCAUAGAAGAACACAAGCUCGAGCGAAAACGACUUGAAGAAGAAGACUCGUCGGACGAAAGCAGCGAAGAUGAAGCCGUGCGCCGGGCCCGCCUACGCAAGACCGAGAAGGACUCGGAUCUCAAGCACGCCGAAGACCUCUUUGGCGACAUCGACCUGAACCGGACCAACCGUCGAUCCGCAGCGCCCAAAGCAGUCGUCGUGAGCGACGCAUCCGACCCCACAAAGGCCAUCGAUCUCUCCGCCAUGCCGCUCUUCAAACCCACCACCAAAGACCAAUUCGCCAAACUGACCAGCACGCUCAUCCCGCUGCUGACAGCCAACUCGAAGAAAGUGCAGUACGCGCUGUGGGCGCCCGAUUUCGCCAAACAGUUGGCCAAGGAUCUGCCCAGUGACCAAGUGAAGAAGAUCGCUAGUGCGUUGACGACGCUGAGUAACGAGAAAAUGCGCGAGGAGCGCGCAGCCGAUAAGGGCAGCAAGAAGUCCAAGGCAGCCAAGACCAAGACGACGUUGAAUGCGCAACGCGACUUUGAAAAGGCGGAUAUUAAUGCUUAUGAUGAUGAUGACCUGGGUGAUGACGACUUCAUGUAA